AUGAUUCGCCGAGCGACGUCGUCGAAGCGCGUUCUCGCGUUAAAAGAAGGACUGUUAGGGCGAGCGAGUUCUUCUUCUUCGGUCGCAUCGUCCUCGUUCGCGUCAACGUCAUCCCAACACAUCAUCAAUCGUUCAACCGAGAGAGGGAUAUCCUCGUUUUCGAAAAACAACUCGCACAACAACGCGGUGAAAGAGGUGAAGAAAGCGACGGGAAAAAACAGUCGAUCGCAAAGAGGGAUCGCGGGCGCGCGUAAGGAUGCGUCUCACUCUUCUUUGGAUGCGACGAGUGCGAAGAAAAAAGUCGUCGCGAAGAUCAACGGAGGGAAUAAGCAUCUGGAUAUCGCGAGACGUGGCAAAGCAGCCAUGCCGCAAGCGGCGACGAGCGCGAAACCGAAUGCAAUCGAUUACUCCGUCGGGGGCACCGUGUACCCCGUACCGCAAGAAGUGAAAGGCUCGAAAGUGGUCUACCAAAACGCAGACGGCAUGCGCGUGGACGAUGGGAGGUACCAGAACUUUAAGAGCGAUUUGAAAAACGAGUUGAUGAUACCGGAGGAGCGCAUCAUCACCGACGCGGUGAAGACGUACGCGUACGGGACGGACGCGAGUUUUUACAGAUUGUUACCGCAAAUGGUGGUGAAGAUCCACUCCGAGGAAGAAGUGAAGAAGAUUUUACCGUACGCGAAGAAACACCAGACGCCGGUGACGUUUCGAGCGGCUGGGACGUCUUUGAGCGGGCAAGCGGUUUCGGAUUCGGUUCUGUUGAAGUUGUCGCACGUCGGGAAGAACUUUCGAGAUUACACGGUGCACGAAGACGGGAGGAAGAUUACGUUAGAACCUGGAUUGAUUUUGGGCGAAGUGAAUAGAAUUUUGCAAGCGCACAAGAAGAAGGGCGGGCACGCGGUGCAAUACAAGAUGGGUCCGGAUCCGUCUUCGAUCGAUUCGUGUAUGGUUGGCGGCGUCGUCGCGAACAACUCUUCGGGCAUGUGCUGCGGGGUGAAACAAAACACGUAUCACACUUUGGAAGAUAUGAGAAUCGUGUUCGUGGACGGAACGGUUUUGGAUACCGCGGAUCCGGCGUCUCGAGAGAACUUCUUGAAAACGCACCAAGACUUGUGCGCGAAAGUGAGCAACUUGGCGACGAAAGUCCAAGCGGACGCCGAGUUGACCGCGCUGAUCAAGAAGAAGUUUGCGAUUAAAUGUACGACUGGUUAUUCCAUCAACGCUUUAGUAGAUAACGAUGCGAAGGACCCGAUUGAAAUUAUCAAGAGAUUGAUGAUUGGGAGUGAAGGUACUCUCGGUUUCGUCUCGAGAGCGACGUAUAACACCGUCGUCGACCACCCGCACAAGGCGAGUUGUUUCAUCAUGUUCAAAGACGUCGACGACGCGUGCAACGCGGCGGCGGUGUUGAGACGCGAAACGACCGUCGAUGCGGUGGAGAUCUUCGAUAAGGCGAGUUUACGUCAGUGCGAAAAGCACGAGAAGAUCAUGUCGUUGGUGCCGACGAUCCCGGAAGCUGGGAAGUACGGCGCGGCGCUUUUGAUCGAGUGCAGAGGCCCAACCGACGCGGAGUUGGACCAAAACAUUAAAGCGGUGACGACCUCUUUGGACGGCGCGAACUUGAACUUUUUGCACCCGAGAGAGGAAACGUAUCCAUUCUCGAAGGAUCCAGCCGUGUACGGUACCUAUUGGGACGUGAGAAAAGGUUUGAUUCCUAUGGUUGGCGGCGGUCGCGAAGCCGGUACUUCGGUGUUGAUUGAAGACGUCGCGUGCGAAGUCGAUUCGUUGGCGCCAAUGACGAAGGAUUUGAUGGCUAUGUUUGAAAAGCACGGUUACGACGACGCCUCGUGCAUGGGCCACGCGUUGGAAGGUAACUUGCACUUGGUCUUUUCCCAAGGUUUCCGUACGGAGAAGGAAGUCGAGACGUACGGGAUGAUGAUGCAAGAAAUGUGCGAGAUUGUUGCGGUCAAAUACAAAGGGUCGUUGAAAGCCGAGCACGGUACCGGGCGUAAUGUCGCGCCGUUCGUUGAAAUGGAAUGGGGCACCAAAGCGUACGAUAUCAUGUGGGAAUUGAAGGAAAUGUUUGAUCCGGAUUACGUGUUGAACCCGGGCGUUAUUUUGAACAGAGAUCCGGACGUCCAUCAAAAGUUUUUGAAGCCGAAACCGGUGGCGGACCCGAUCGUCGAUAUGUGCAUGGAAUGUGGUUUCUGCGAAUCCAACUGCCCGUCCAGAGACGUGUCGUUGACGCCGAGACAAAGAAUCACGGUCUACCGCGAAAUUAGUCGUUUACAAGCGAUGGAGAACAGAGGCACGGAAGAUCAAGCGCGAUUGGACGAGUUUUUGGACAUCUUCUCCUACGCCGGUGACUCCACUUGCGCUGCCGAUGGUAUGUGCGAAGUGAAGUGCCCGGUUGGUAUCAACACCGGCACUCUCGUGAAAUCCAUUCGCGCGAGAGAGCUCGAGCAAGCCAAGAAUGUCUCGUCGGUUGCCGCGUCGCUCGGGAGAAACUUUGCGAGCUUCUCCGGCGUCGUCCCGCCGUUCUUGAACUUGGUUUCUGGCUUCCACUCUAUUUUGGGCGAAGGUGUUUUGAAAACCGUCUCUGGUGGGUUGAACAAAAUCUCCGGGAACAUGAUUCCGGAGUGGAACCCGCACAUGCCGCGAGGCGCGCCGAAGUUGCCGGAACCGAACCACGCGAAGGAGAAACACGCCGGCGUUGAAAGAAAAGUCGUCUAUCUUCCGUCCUGCGUGACGAGAAUGAUGGGUCCGAGUAAAGCGGACGCCAAUUUGGAAGGCGUCGCGGACGCCAUGAUGUCCAUCUUGGCCAAAGCGGAUUACGAAGUUGUCUACCCGAAGGGCUUGAGCGACCAGUGCUGCGGCAUGUUGUUCAACUCCAGAGGCUUCAAAGACACGGCGAUUACGAAAGCGGCGCAAAUGGAAGAAGCUUUGUUAGAAGCGUCUGAAAAUGGCAAGUACCCGAUCGUUGUCGACACCUCUCCUUGCUUGGCGGAAAUCAAAGGCUCGUUGCAAAACCCGGCGUUGAGAUUUUCCUUGUACGAACCGGCAGAGUUCAUCGCGAAUCACUUGCUCGAUAAGCUCGAGUUCAACAAGGUGAAGAAACACGUCGCCAUCCACGUCCCGUGCUCGUCCAAGAAGCUCGGUGUGGAACAAACGUUCACGAAACUCGCCGAAAAGUGCGCGGAAGAAGUGACUGGUUCAGGUAUCCCGUGCUGCGGUAUGGCUGGCGACCGCGGUAUGCGAUAUCCGGAAUUGACGGGCGGUUCCUUGAAAUACUUGGACUUGCCGAAAGGAUGCACGGACGGUUACUCCACCUCGCGCACGUGCGAGAUGAGUUUAACCAACCACUCUGACGUUUCCUUCAAGGGUUUGGUGUACUUGGUCGACGAAGCCACGACGGCGAAGAAGGCGUCGGCGUAA